CGCAGAUUGGAUACCACUACCCAGAGUAUCGUCUUUCCAGCGGAACAUCCCAUCUGGAACAUGAAUCACCUGCUCAUUUUGCGGUUUUGCAUACUGCAGAAUGACCUCAGGAUUCUGAGCUCGCCUCGUGACGUCACGAGCUAUGCCCAUGAGCUCAGCAUAAAGAGAGCAUGGACGGUAUGGGGGGUUUUCAGGCUUAUAACCCUGUGUUAGGGAAUCUAAAGCACAAUUGUUUCAUAAUUAUCAGAUUGGCCUUGACAAGUUUGAUAAUCCUAAGUCCGACCUAUUCAGGAAGGUGCAACCCUACCAAAGCUUCCUUAAACUUUCCAUAUAUAUGUAUAGUUUAUUUUUGUUGUUGAAUUGAUCUUACCACCACCAUAUUAUAACCAAAAACAAAUAACUGUCUUCGGUACACCGCGGUCGCAAAGAUGAACCGAACUCUUUCCGGCAAAAGAAGAAGCACCGGCAGCUCUGGCCGCAGCCGGUUCAAUUUUGGGAGCAUCCGCAGUCUUCAGCAGCCCUUGUUGAGCAAGAAAAUGAGCCGAGUGAUCAAGAGCGAGAACUCGGCCGCCGCCGCCCAUGAGUCGGCAGGCAGACAGCGCAUCGCCGUCGGAGAGCAGGUGUCCGAUUGGGGCGAGACUACUGAAGACGAGACCAUCUCGGACAUCUCGGACAAGCUUGGUGUUCUGCUAGCGGAGAUGGGCGAGGAGGAGGACGCUUUUGCUCAAAAUUUGGAUGAAUAUCGCACUGUCCUCAAGCAUAUUCGCGAUACGGAGGGCUCUGUUCAGCCAACCCGUGACCAGCGAGCUAAGAUUUCGGACGAGAUCCAGCGCGUCAAGCUGAAGGAUCCCAAUAGCCACAAAAUAGACACCUUGGAACAGGAGCUCGUUAGAGCUGAGGCCCAGAAUCUUGUCGCUGAAGCACAGUUGAUCAAUGUGACCAGGCAGAGAUUCAAGGAGGCAUACAGCCUUCACCUGGCUGCUGUCAUUGAGCGAAGCGAAAAGCAGGCUCUACUUGCCCAUCAUGGUCGUCGUCUGCUAAACUGCAUCGAUGACACCUCCGUGGUCCCCGGAGAUGAGGCAAGGGCGUAUGUGCAUGGCGCCGAGGCCAAGCGAAUAAUUGAACAGGCCGAGCAGGACAUUCGCUCUUAUAGGAUUCAAAUGGAACCCGUCCACGUUGAAGACUCUGGAGCGCAAGCUCUCCCCACGGGAGUCUCGCCACCCUCUUCUGGCCGUGCAGCCCGCGUGACAACUGCAACCGACUCCCAGGCCAUGGAAUCCCAGGGAGCAGAGACUCGUGAGUUUGAGCCUCAGGCAUUGGGAGCUACAAUGGGAACUGGCGCAGUGGGAACUCAGGCAAUGGGUCCUCAGGCCGUGGAGUCUCAGGACAUGGGACGCCGUGACUUGCAAUCUGAGGAGAUGAGGCGUCAAGAGAUCGAGGCGCAAGAAAUGAGACGCCAGGAGAUAGCAUCCCAAGAGAUGAGACGUCGUGACAUGGAAGCCGAGGAGAUGAGACGCCAAGAGAUUGAGGCUGAAGAGAUGAGACGUCGUGAAAUGGAAGCUGAGGCAGUGCGACGUCAAGAGAUGGAAUCCCAAGAAAUCAGGCGCCGUGAGAUGGAAGCUGAGGCAAUGAGGCGUCAAGAGAUGGAAUCCCAAGAAAUCAGGCGCCGUGAGAUGGAAGCUGAGGCAAUGAGGCGUCAAGAGAUGGAGUCUCGUGAGGCUGAGUAUAUGAAGGGAGAAUCUGAAGACGUCCAGGCAGCAGAUACUCAGGCAGAGGACACUUCUGCUUGGGAGGACUACUCCCAGGUUUCGCCUACAAAUGCAGCACCUCGCGGAAGAGUCCAUAGCAUGGCCGCUCCAAUGAUGGAGGCCGACGCCUUGGAGGCACGAAAUGUUGCUGCUUCGGGCAGAGGUAAGCAGAUGGGAGGUGCUAAUGGCUUGAAGGGCCUGGGUGAGAAGCAAAAGACUUCAGCCAUAAAUAAGGAGGGCGUCAACGGCGGCAUUUCGGACAACCCAGAGUUCACCUUCCGCCCAACGAAGAAAGGAGACCACCUUGGGACUCCUCUAGAUGCCCAUGUGCAGCGUGUUGCAGUUCCCAUUUAAAGAGGAUACUGUUGUAAUCCAAGGAAUUGUUGCUGUGUUAAUACUCAUACUGUCUGUAUUCCCGUUAGUAAUUGUUAAUAGUCUGCUUGAAUUGAGAUUACUGUAUUGUUUCGAA